GCUCCAGCCCUACACAGUGGAAGUGAUUGGCGUGGUGACUUUUUUUUUUUUUAAAUACCUGUAAAGCUUAGUUGCUUAAACGGCAAUAAGUCGGAAGGUCACUUAGAUUUCUGUAAACCUGCCAUGAGCGCAGAUUGCACAGAGCUUGGUGGAGGAGCCAUCUGUCCUCCUGGCUACCAUAACAACUAAAGUCCAACUAAUACCACUCUGCUCCACGUAAGCUAUAAGAAAGGAAGUCCUUGAACCUUCACAAAUGCUUCUUCCACGAGACAAUCCUCUAAUCCGGCGUCCCAAAACCGCGCGGCAGAGAAGUUAAGCACAUAUUUGAUCACUGAGCCACGACAGAAAGUGGUUCCAUUAGCCAGUUCCUUUUAAACACUUACAGUGAUAUCAGUGAUGGCCGUUUCUUAGUCAUGAUCUGGGUAAGGCUCAUGUGGAACAAAGCAUGUGCAAAAAUGAUCGCUCUCGCACACACACCGACUGAGACCAAGUGGGCGACAUGGCUUCACUCAGCGGCCUGCUCGGUGCACUUUGUUUCACGUCCCACCCACACAUCCCUCCUCGGAGCUCCUGAAGUCCCAUACGCAACAUUAUUUUUACACGCCCAGAGCACCAAAAACAGUCUAGUGGUUCUAAUGAAUUAAUCAGAUCUUCUCUAAACACGGCCCUGUUUGUCGGGCCGGGUAAGCUGAGGGGAGGGCUCCCGGGUUGGGAGGUCAUUGUAUAUAAAAAGCACACGGGACGCAAAGAUCGCCACUCGCUCACUCCCACGACGCGGCGACGGAUUACAGGAGACCGAGGGCAGCGACCGGAUCCAUAACUUUGCUAUCAAAAUGUCUAAGGUAUACAAGAAGACCAGCGGCAACGGACAUAUUGCCCUCUACUUGGGGAAGAGAGACUUCACGGACAACGUGGAUUCAGUGGAACUAGUCGACGGUGCUGUCAAAGUGGACCCGGCCGGUCUUGACGGCAAAAAAGUAUUUGUCUACCUUGCUUGUGCCUUCCGCUAUGGGAGCGAUGACUUGGAUGUUAUUGGGCUGUCCUUCAGGAGAGACAUCUGGAUACAGCGCGUUCAGGUGUACCCGCCUACGGGUGCGAGCGUUACCAAAACGCCAAUGCAGGAGUCCCUCAUGAAGAAAAUUGGAGAGCAAGGGUGUCCCUUUUCCUUCCAGAUGCCAACCAAUCUCCCAUGCUCAGUCUCCCUGCAGCCAGGGCCAAAUGAUGCUGGCAAGGCUUGCGGCGUGGACUUUGAGGUUAAAGCGUACAUUGCCAACACAGCAGAUGAAGAGGUUGAAAAGAAGUAUGUAGUAAGCGCCCAAUCUUGCGUUGCAUUCGAGGUUAUGUCGAAGGGACCCGUGACUCUCUUUGCACUUUCUUUUUGUGGUCUUAGGGACACGUGCCGCCUGAUGAUUCGCAAAAUACAAUUUGCACCAUCUAGCAACAAGCCUGGACCCAAGGCCGACAUCACAAAGCAGUUCAUGAUGAGUGACAAGCCGGUGAUCUUGGAGGCCUCCCUUGAAAAAGAGAUUUAUUACCACGGAGAUCCAAUCAUCGUCAAUGUAAAAAUCAACAACGAAACCACCAAGGUUGUGAAGAAAAUCACCGUUUUAGUUGAGCAGCUUGCAAGCGUGGUGCUCUACUCAUCUGAUACUUACACCAAGGUGGUCUGCUCAGAGGAGUUCGCGGAGACAAUUAACGCCAACUCUUCGUUCGAGAAGUCCUUCCAAAUAACCCCCCUGCUGGCCAACAACAAAGAGAAGCGGGGCCUUUCGGUGGACGGCCGGCUAAAAGACGAGGACACCAACCUAGCGUCCACAACCCUGAGUCAAGGAGAUAAGGAGAUGCAGGGAAUCAUCAUCUCCUAUAAAGUCAAGGUCAAUCUAACAACGGGCAGUGGCGGGUUGCUGGGUAGCUUAACAGGAAGCGAUGUCACUUUGGAGCUUCCAUUGACUCUGAUGUCCCCGAAACCUGCAGGCAAGUGCAGUCUUUUUGCUUAUACUUGCCAUUUAAAUGCUUCAAACAUUUCACCAACAUCAAAAAGAGAGCACUGAUUAAUUAUUGACUAUGUCCUCUCCUUUAAUGCAUUCCCUGCAUGUCGUUGCUGUAUCCUGAGCAGAAGUGUAAGUAUAAACUAGUCCCUAUGAAAGUAGUCACCUGUGGCUGUGUGGGUUGUUACACGCUGCUCAUAUUUUUCUCCUCUGUGAUAUUAAUGACCCACAGCCAAUUGGAUUAAAGCCGUCCUUAGUUCAGCACAGACAUCUCAAUUGAGGCCUAGCAGGGGGGAGAUGACCAGCGAAGGAAAAACCCCUCUCUGAGAAUAGAGAACAAAGAGGAACUCAGCACCAAUGAAGACAAGCACAAAGUGUCGUUGAAUCACUACAAUGUUCUUAUUUCCCCUGUUACACAAUUACACGUUUAUUAGGCAUUACAAGGAUGGCUGAAAAAGACAUUUCUCUAAUUGCAAACAAGUAUUGUUUAUGUUGUUUUGUCAAAAUGUAUGUUACGUAGACUUUUCUUUAUAUGUGUCAUGAUUACCAAAAUUAUUAUUACUCUUCUCUGUAUGGCUGUCAUUUCAUUUGAGCAAUGGUAUAUUAUGAUUGAAUGUACAGCCAUGGGAUGAAUAUGCCAGAAAUCAUCCAACUUGUUUCUUAAUUUAUUGGCGAACAAACUAGAUAAAUAAACGGUUUUC